AUGGAUUUACCUGCCUCGCAUUACGGGAAACUUGACAAAAGAAACCCUGUGGUAAUAGCUUUUGUCCGACAGAUUAACUCUUUCAUUGCGGUUAUGAAGAAAAUCGCUUGUUCGCCCACACGAGAGGACAACACUGAUUACGUUAAAGGGAUUAAAAUAUGUGUGGAAAUAUGGAAAAAUUACAAAAGUAGACUGCCGCCUAGUUUCUACCUGGAGCACAUGUUACAGGUGGCAGAUGUUCUUUUUGAAUUAAAGUUUUAUGACAUGGCCUUGUGGUAUGGAUACAGGCCACAUUUGCAGCAGUUCACAUCAGUGGAUAUUCUUGAUUUUGAAGACGUGGACCACUUCAAAGCUUCUCUUUUCCCUAAAGGCUUGGACACAGACCAAGAUGCUCUGCUCAUGAAGAUACAGGCACUGCAUGGCUGUGUCCUCUGUACUUUUGAACAGGUGAAGGCUCAUCAUGAUCUCACUCCUGAAGGUCUUUAUAAACUGCUCUGUGUGCUGGAUCUCAUUCGAAUCAUUAUGCAAGUUUUCCAGCAUUAUGACAGUCUGUGCUGGCAAAUUUAUAAUGGCUCAGUUCUCAUCUACAACAUCUGUCGGUACCUGAUGACAAACAACUACAGUGCACAGGCACUGGAGUACCUCUUGUGGGCGAGUGUCAGUAUGGAGUUGUCUGUCCCACUGAUGACAAGUCAAAAUGUGCCGUGGCUCGUCACAUUGUACUGUGCUGUAUGUCAAUGUUACUAUGACAACCAAGCCGCAGUGCAAGGGGAGGUGUUUGCCAGACGAGCUCUCGUAAAAAUCAAUGAGCUUAUGAACUUAGAAGAACAAUGUGGAAAUCCAGCCUCCAAACAGACAAGAAGAACCUACAAAGAAGCAUCAAUUAAGCUGGCUUCAAUGGUUUUUAAGCGGGCUGUUUUUGAAGCAAGGACUAAAACAUUUAAAAUAAAAAAGAAAUUAUCCGAUAUACCUAAUGCACCUUGGCCACGUAACACAACUGAACAGAUUCUCUCCCACCUGUUUGACGGAGGAGCAGCACAGUUUCUUGGUGUCCUCGAGGCACUGAAAGACAGCAGUAGACUCCACCCACUAACGCGAGGACCAGAAGACCUCGAGGUAUAUGAAGUGCUCUUAGAGCUUCUUGCUGCUGGCAUCAGUCUAUUGUCUGGUAAAACAGAACGUGAACAAAAGAAUGAUCACCCGUCACCACAAUCUCUUGGUGCAGUCACAUCAUCCUCUUCACUGCUAGAUUUAGCUAUUGCAGGAGAAAACAAGGUAUCCUUUGAGACUGCUGUGGAGUUCAUUAAAUUAUUGUAUUACAACAAGCAACCAGAGGCCUUUUCUGAGUAUUCCAGAGAAAUGCUUCAGCUUUUGUCGAGUUUGAGAGGCCCGUCAUCAGAGACAGCUAAACUGGAGUUGGGCUUACUUUAUUAUUACAGCUGUGUGCAAAAAGAGAAACAGAAGACAGCAUUGGCUGUAAGUGAGGAAUUCAAUGAACUGGUGAAAACACUACACAAAUAUGUUUGUGACUCUGUAAAGCCGGACAGAGAUCUUGUCUUGUCUGUGAUUUUGUUUGUUUGGGAAAAAAUAACAUCUGUGAUAGAAUGGGCUCAUCGACAUAACUUCGACUCAAAGAAAUUGGAGAAGUGGGCAUGGUGUCUGUCUGUGCUGUGUGAAGUGGCCUUCGCCUUUGAGCCCUGCACUACUUGCUGUUGUUUAUUGACUGGAGAGAUGACACUGAAAUUUGCCAUGCUGCUUGAAAGUGCCUCUAAAUGGGCUGAACAAAAAUAUUCUCCUGAAGUCAAUGUUGCAGAAGGUGAUGUUGGGAUAGUAAACUCUUUCUCUCUUAGCAAGAGUUCCAGGAUCCAACUGCUUCAAAAUUUGUGUUCGAUGGUAAAAAAGUGUCUAGUAAUUUUGUCCAAGGGAAUGAGCAUUAUGCUGCCUCAAGAUGGAUCAGCACUCAUUGACCCUGCUUAUAUGGAGAAAUACGGAAUACCUUCAUCCACUUGGUCCUCCGAAGAAGGAAACAGUGAAUAUAACUGCCCACAUGUAGAGACCUCUAAACACACUUGGAGCAGAGAUGACUUCCUGCUGGUUGUGGAUCUUCACCUUCAUCUCAAUGCCAUAUAUUGCAAAGCAUUUCUGGGUUUGGUGCAUGCUAAUGCAGCUGCAGAGUCCGAGAUGCUUCAGCAAAUUAAGAAAAACAAGGUAUCCAAAGCUGUUUAUCUGAUGCAGAAGGCUUUAAUGGAAUACAACACUGACCCAGGGGGCACCAAUAUCAAGAAUCAACUAGAGGAGUCUGCUGAACUGAUAAGGAAAGCGGGGUUGGAGGAGAGAAAGCUUUAUAUGUCCACUGUUACAACCAAUCAAUCUUCAUCAGCCAAAAACUCAGGCAUUAAGGGUGAAAAGGACUGCCCUCCUCCUCCACCUGUUCUAAUAUCUCGCUCAGACCACUGUUUGAGCUUUGUGCCUGCUCCCUACAACCCAAAUCAAAAAGUAUGCUGGUAUCAACUUUUGGGCCAUGUCGCUGAAGAUACGACGAACACCAAAGUCAGACUUGGAGACUGCAGUUUGACAGGAACAGGCACUUUGAUAUCUGCUGAAUCUGGCAGAAGUGUGUUGCAGGUGAAGGGCUUAGACCCUAAUCACAAAUAUGUCUUUGCUGUAGCAGCCUACAACAGCCAAGGGGACCUACUGGGCAACAGCAUUGGGGAGACAACCAUCCCAUUGUUAGCCUCGCCUCCACUGCCACUGCUCACCACCUGGGCUUAUUUGGCACAGGUGGCAUUUCAGAUAAAACAGUAUGAUGUAGCCAAGAGAGCUUGCCAAAAACUAUGGAAUCACUUCACUCGCACUGAAUCCAGAGCUAACGCAAUACAAUAUGAACUUUUCAUCCCGAGGUUGCAAGUCACAACACUGCAUCAUUCAUCGCUCAGCCUGCGCCAUUUAGUUUUUGCCUCCAUCUUCACUGAAACAGAAAUCAACAUACAGCGUGGUUGUCUCUGGUUUGACCAGUUUAGUGACAGAGGACUGUUUAUCUGGGAACAGAUAGCCAGACUGGAAGAGUGUGAACGGAUGCUGGUGGCUAUAGACCUAACAUCAUGGUUAACUAACCACAGUGAUGCCGUACAAGCUGUUAUAGUUUGUUAUGCUCUUGUGAACCCACUCAUCUACCAUCAGAUUCCAUGUGACCCUGUGAUACAGGUUUUAACUAAAUGCCUGAAUGUGCUUGAGGAAAACCUUCCUCAGCUCAAACACAAGUGGACUGGGAGAACCUCAGAAGCACUCAUGCAUAAGAUCGCCUGCAUCACAUACUAUCUCUACAAGGCACUGCAUAACCUUAAUGAGAGUGAGAAAGCCGCUGUGGUGAUGGACUGUGGUGUCAAUCUAAUUCAGGAAAUCUAUGAUGCACAAAAUAAACUUCUUAACAAACCAACUCUAUCGGUAAAACAAGAUCCUGAACUGAAGAGAGAGACAAAAAUCAGUCCCCAGUUGAAAGCUCUACUUGGAAAGAAAAAGACCAAGAUCAACGAAAAUAUAAGUACAGUUACUUCCAGUAAGGAUCACGGCCAAAUAUAUGAAGUUUUAUCAAGCACUCCAAUAAAACAUGCCUUUCAAGAAGUGAUGAAGCUCAAACAAAAAACAUUGUUCAUUGAGUUGUCGUCACUGCUCCUGCAGAGGGCGUUAGAAGAAGGAGAGGCAGCACUGGUGAUUGAGUGGGGACACUCCUUUAUGGCACUGAGGGAGAAGUUGACUGGGAAGAAUCUGAGCCGCUUGAAGAAGCUGGUGAUGCUUAGAAAGAUCUAUUGUGAGGAGAGCGUGUGGAGGACCAAUCUCAACUAUGUUUUAGCUCAGGCACAUUUAGCCCUGUUUUACCAGGCACUGGACCAGCUCCAGGAACGACCUCCUCUACACAGGUACAGCCAGUUAGAUCCUUUGAAUUUCUUCAUGGCAUAUACUGGCAUCUCUCUGAGGAUGAGGAAAAACCCACAGCGACAGCUAGCAUCUAGAUCUCACGCUAUUUUACAAAGAGACGCAACACUAGAGGGAGAAAAACAAGAUUUUCCAGGACAGAAAUGUGAUUCCUACGGUUACAAAGAGAUCAGUGAAGAAGAAAACGGAUACACUCUAAACACUGAAGAGCUUUAUGCAAUGCAAAGACAAACUUCUGCUACAAUGUUUGCUUCACUCACCAAUGCAGCACUUCAUCUUCAUCGAGCCAUGGUGUUGGCACAUCGUAACAGUCACUGGGCCAUACUGCGGACUGUGGCUCAAACCACGUGGGACCAGUACUGCAGGACUGCUUGUGUUGUCCAGAGAGGCCUUCAUCUUGAACUGUCCCUCUUCAUUACAUUUGAUCAGCAACGCAAAAUUUUCCGGCCAUUGCUUGUACUGGCAACUCAACUGAUCAUGGAUAUGUUAAAGCGCCUGGGGCUCUGGAGAGUUUAUGAAAAGGACAUGUCAGAAGAAGAAACACAUUCCUGUCUUUGCUUCUCUCCAUCCCUGGAUGAAACAACUAAAAUUGACAUGCGCUGGGUUAAUACAUUAGUGAUUCACACACUGGAACAACUUCAUGACAUUGGCAAAUGGGAAACAUUAGCUCAUUUAGCUUUACAAUUCAAUACAUACACACGAGAUUGUUAUGCAUUAAUAGUUUCACCUCUUCUGAUCAAUGCUCAGAGAAAGCUCUUAGAGAGGAUUGAGUCAUUCAAAGGACCACCCAUUCCUCAGCCUCAUCACGUCAAGACAAAACAAGUGACUGGACAAGAGGUGACAUACAAAAGCUAUGUGGGCAUUCAGCUUCUCAGUGGUUGCAUCUCCACUCAGAAAAAGCCCUCUCUUAAAAAGGAAACACAGUCUAGAGACCAGCUUAUAGAUGCUGAAGUUCAAAGGUCACUGGUGCUUGUGUGUGUUCCUCUGGAUGUUGAAGACACACUAUAUUGGUAUCGUAAAGCUGUUGAGAAAACAUCACCUUGUCUCCAGUUCUUCCAACACAGCCGCUCACAGUUACAGCGCUUAUUGGCCAACACACAGUCCUGCUAUGCAGCACAGGCUGUCUGGAGCAGAGAGCCCAGUAGGUCAGCGAGCCAGGUUGAGUUCAAUCCUGUUGUCAUAAAUGCUCCAAGUGUCGAACCUUAUGAUCUGAUGGAGAAGGAUUACAGGACUACAGAAUCACUGUACAGUUUUCCCCUUAACCCUGAGCACAUAUCCACCAUUACUGCAACAUACACUGCAGCUAUCCAGCAUUUUCAUGAAAACAAAUGUGACUCCAUCACUGUUCUGGCACUGCAUGAACUGGGAAAUCUCCACUGUUAUAAUGGCAACAUAAAGGCAGCACAUUCAUGUUGGACAAAGGCAAUCAACACAGCCUUGAAGAGCCCUGACGCUUUGGAAAAAUGGGAUGGUGUGACUUUUGGAGGCUGUUCUCUACAAUACAGACUUAAGAUGUCUGGGAUUUGGGGCUGUCUACAAGCUGCUUGCCUCACGGCAAAAAUUGCCCAGUAUAUUUUAACAGACAUAAGUAAACGGACUAAUUGCUGUCUCCAGUCGGCUCACUUAUUCAAGUGUGUGUUGUGCUGCUCUCUGGCACAGCCACAGUCCGAUCUCCAUUAUGCAUCAGAUGUGUUCAUCGAAGACUUGUUGCCUGGUGUGGACCUCUUCUCAGAUCCCUCCAGACUUCACCUCGGCACCACUAUAGCGAGUCUGAUUUUCAUCUGUCAAUGGCUUUUCUCCACAGGCCAUUACAUGAAGCUGCUUCCCAUGUUGGCCCUGUACCUCUAUUUUACUGGGUCUGUGUGCAGAGAUGUGCAGCGUACUGUUCAGUGCAAAAUACUAAAGAUACGCACCCUCACUGAGUUAGGUUUAUUGACUGAGGCUGUGAGGGAGACUGUACUUCUCACAAAAGGAGCAGGAGUCCGACUGCCUCAUGGUCACUACAUCCACACACACAGAGAUCAGGUUCAAACCACAUUCAGCAGCACCCAGUCUAUACUAGACAAUAUUGAGGUUCUGAAAGAACUUGUAAACUGUGAUCUCACUCCAGGCCUUCGUACACUUUACGGAUCUACAUUGUGCCUUCAGUUUAACCUUGCACAGGCUCAGCUGAUCCUAGCAAUAAGUGCCACUGUAUGCAGUCCUUUGGAAGUUCCAGAUAGAGAAAACCAAACCACUGUCUCUAAAGAUAGUGAAAAGGAGGACACAAAACUGCUCAGUCUUGAGUCUUUUCAGGAGCCAGUCACUGCGGGGCUGAUAAAGUACCUGCUGCUAGAGGCAGUAUCCAGCUUAUUGAACUCCAUCACAAAGCAGCUAACAGCAUGUAGCCAUCUGGAUAGAGUUGAACUGACAGUGGAGUGCAGUCUGCUGAAGGCUAAACUCUAUUUGUUGAAAGGACAAUCUGCUUUCAGUGCUGAGAUGGCAAUGUCAUCCCUUAUGUUGCUACAGUCCACAUCUGAGAUCACAAAUACUUCCACACCUGUUUUUGAGAGACAGCCUUCCCACAAACAAACUGGAUCUGAAGAGGGCAUUCACCAGCCCAGUGUGGAGGCCGACUCUGUGGACAUGGUUGAGACAAGUGAUAAAUUGAAACGGGAGACGGCUCGGGUGAUCAGGGAUGGUAUUGAAGAAUGUAAAAGAUGGGGAGAUCAUGACGGUCAAGCUUUGCUGAUGCUAGAAGGUGCACAGUGCGAUAAACACAGCGCAGGCAAAUCCUCCCAGAUCAAAGAAAUAGUAAGCUUGCUUUCAGGACAACUGAGUAUGUCACCUCAUUCAGCCAUUACAUUGGCUCAGGCAGCUAUGUUACUGGAUGAGAUGAAAACACCAGAAAGUGUCCCAUUUUUAAAACUUUCACUAAAGUUGUUACAGAAUCAGCUGAAUGGUUUCAGUCAAAGUAUUGUUUUGGAUGCUGGAGGAUCAUGUUUACCAUGUUCCAGUAACACCUGCCUGCCUUUUCUCCACCGUUUACAUCACACCCUUUCCUGCAUAGGUCGAAUUAUUGACUCCUAA